AUGCUCCUCACAACAAUCCUCCAACCACAAACAAUGGAACCCAGCAAACUCCUCCCCGACCUCAGAAAGCGCUACGAACACUCCCAAAUCCGAAAAACCCGGGCGGAGCUCAAAGAAAAAGCCACCGCGGACGCCACCGCCGCGCCCAACGACACUAAGAUCUACAAAGAAUGGAUAGCCAAGUACCACAAAGAACAAAGCAAGGGAUUUGCAAUCCUCCAGCGCAUCAACGCCCUGCAGACUCUCAACGCCAACCAGACAAGCACAUACAGACCAGAUAGCAAGGGCAAGAGCGAGAGCGUCGAUCCACCGCCGUACAGCAGCACAACCCUCGACGAGAUGAUUUCCGCGCUGAAGCGCCUCUACCGCGAGCACCUCGAGACACUGCAGAAUACGCUGGCGCUGCCUCCGACGGGCGGCAGGGCGGGGGAUUCCCAUGAGUUUGAGUUUCUGCGGGUCACGCAUAACGAGAAGGGGCAGACGCUGGCGUGGGAGGAGCAUCAGUAUACCUGUGCGAUGGGUGGGGGGGUGCUGUGGGCGGCGGUGUGGGUGUUGCAGUCAACCUCUGCGGGAACUGUUUAUUCCGUUGGCUAA